AUGGGCGCGGCGGUGCUGCGGGGGCUCUGCUUGCUCUGCGGGCUCUGCGGGCUCUGCGGUCCGCUGGGCGCGCCGGUCCUGGACGUCAACACCGUCGGGAGCCCGGCCCACGUGCACGGGGCUCGCCAGGGUUCACAGUGCUUAUCUGACAGGAACUGCAGUACCAGAACAUUCUGCCUCAAGCCCCGCAAUGAGAAGCCAUUCUGUGCCACGUGUCAUGGGUUCCGGAGGAGAUGCCAGCGUAAGGCCAUGUGCUGCCCAGGAAUGCUCUGCAUGAACGAUGUUUGUACUAUGAUGGAAGAUGCAACCCCAAUAAUAGACAGACAGAUCAAAGACCAUGAUGGCACAGACAAGAAGGGGACAACUGAGCAUCCAAUUCAGGAGAACAAACCCAAGAGGAAGCUAAGUAUUAAGAAAUCACAAGGCAGUAACGGACAAGAGGGAGAAAGCUGUCUUAGAACUUUGGACUGUGGCCUUGGACUUUGCUGUGCUCGUCAUUUUUGGACUAAAAUUUGUAAACCAGUCCUCCUGGAGGGACAGGUCUGCUCUAGGAGGGGGCAUAAAGACACUGCUCAAGCCCCAGAAAUCUUCCAGCGCUGUGACUGUGGCCCUGGACUGUCAUGUCAAAGUCAAGCAGCUGGCAAUCAACAACACACACGGUUAAGAGUGUGCCAAAAAACAUAA